AUGAAGAAAAUUGACGUCUUUUCAAUGCAAAUUAUUGCAAAAUACUUAUUAACGCCAACCGAUUAUCUUUCAAUCAUCCAAAUUUGCAAGAAAUAUGAGUUUAUACUUGACCGUUUCCGGAUCAACCCUAUUCGAAUAAGUCCCGACUCAAAACGUUUAUUUCAAAAUAUUCAGACUCAAAUUGUAUAUACUCCCUAUGACAUCAUCAUGACAGUUGAUCGUCAUAUAUUUCUAUAUUUUGUUUCUUAUACAGAGUUCAUAGAAAAGAACACCAAUUUCGAAGUGUACAAAAACGUCCGUUAUACAUCAGAAGAUGUUGAAAAAAAUGGAAAUAAAAUUCCAGAUAUAGUUUCCACACUUGAUUGUGCUGUUUUUGAUGACAAAGACGAGUUGAUAGAAAUCUCAAUACCAUCUAAUGUCACUGAAAUUGACAAGUUGGCUUUUGAAUCGUGUGGUCUCACAAAAAUAGAAAUUCCUUCGACAGUCAAAAUGAUAAGAGAACGUGCAUUUGCGUAUUGCAGUUCAUUGAAAGAAGUCAAAUUACCUGAAAAUAUCACAAUGAUACCAAAUUCGUGUUUUGUUGCAUGUUCUGAACUUGAAAACGUAAACUUUCCAAACAGUCUUCAAUUCAUUGGAUCUUUCGCUUUUUCAAAUGCGAAACUUGUCGAUGUUACAAUUCCUGAAUUUUGUGACAUUGGCGCAGACUGUUUCAGUUCGAAUGGGUAUUUGACAAGAAUUGUUCUGAAUGGUGUGUCACACAUUCCAAACUCAAUGUGUGAAUUGUGUUAUAAUCUUAAAAUAGUCGAAAUCUCUGAUAAGUUAAUCGAAAUUGGCAAUUUGGCUUUCAAAUAUUGUGGUUCACUCGAAUAUUUCAAUUUCAAUGAUAAUUUGGAAUUUAUAGGAAAUUAUGCUUUUAAUUAUUUACAAAUCUCAAAACAGCGAAAUUGA